UUCAAGCCUGGUCUAUUAUUCAAACCCAUACCCGCCCCUUAUGGGGUUUUCCCAGGACCUGACCCUCACAUUUUCAGUAGGAACUCAGCCCUAAAAACACGUAGGGAAAUGUACGCUGGCAGAACUUUGGUUUAGCUUUUUGAGAGGAGAACUCUCCUUUUGUUUUGUCGAAGGCUUUCAUGGCCGGAAUCACUGGGUUGCUGUGGGUGUUCCUGGUUGUAUGGCCAUGUUCCAGAAGCAUUCUCUCCUGACGUUUCGCCCACAUCUAUGGCAGGCAUCCUCAGAGGUUGUGAGGUCUGUUGGAAACUAGGCAAGUGGGGUUUAUAUGUGUGUGGAAGGUCCAGGGUGGGAGGAAGAACUCUUGUCUGUUGGAGGCCAUGUUGUAAUUAAUCACCUUGAUUAGCAUUGAAUAAGGAGCCCCAGAUUCAAACCCCGGGAGCGGCGUGAGCGGCCGCUGUUAGCUCCAGCUCCUGCCAACCUAGCAGUUCGAAAACAUGCCAAUGUGAGUAGAUCAAUAGGUACCGCUCAGGCAGGAAGGUAACGGCGCUCCAUGCAGUCAUGCUGGCCACAUGACCUUGGAGGUGUCUCCGGACAACGCCGGCUCUUCGGCUUACAAAUGGAGAUGAGCACCAACCCCCAGAGUCAGACAUGACUGGACUUAACGUCAGGGGAAACCUUUACCUUACCUAGCGUUGAAUAGCCCGACAGCUUCAAAGCCUGGCUGCUUCCGUGAAAAUCGUUGGGACUUAUUUCAACUGCAAGCGCCCUCCACUCAAAGCAGACUCUGUCCUUUUACUUCCUUUGCAUCUCUCUGUCUCUUUCUCAUCUAUCAUUCUAUCAUAUCUCUCUCACCUAUCAAUCAUCCAUCUAUCUAUAUUCCAUCUCUUUCUCUAUCACCGAUCAAUCUAUCGCCUGUAUCUGUCAUCGAUCGAUCAAUCAAUCUAUCCCUAAUCAGUCAAUCGAUAAUCUCUCUAUCUCUUUCUGUUUAUUUAUUUAUCAAUCAUCUAUCUUCAAUCAAUAUCUAUCGAUAUCAAUCUAUCUAACAUCUCUUUCUCUGUGUGUUCAUCUCUCAUCUAGCAAUCUAUCUAUUGAUCUGUUGUCAAAGGCUUUCAUAGUCGGAAUCACUGGGUUGCUUUGAGUUUUCCAGGUUGUCUGGCCAUGUUCCAGAAGCAUUCUCUCCUGACGUUUCGCCCCCAUCUAUGGCAGGCAUCCUCAGUGGUUGUGAGGUCUGUUGGAAACUAGGCAAGUGGGGUUUAUAUAUCUGUGGAAGGUCCAGGGUGGGAGAAAGAACUCUUGUCUGCUUGAUGUUGCAAUUGAUCACCUUGAUUAGCAUUGAAUGGCCUUGCAGCUUCAAAGCCUGGUUGCUUCCUGCCCGGGGAAUCAUUUUAUCUAUUUAUCCUCUCCCUCUCUCUCUCUCUCUCUCUCUCAUAGAAUCAUAGAGUUGGAAGAGACCUCGUGGGCCAUCUAGUCCAACCCCCUGCCAAGAAGCAGGAAAUAGCAUUCACCUCUCAUCUCUCUAUUACCAAUCUAUCGAUUAUCUCUCCAUCGAUUCAUCUAUCAUUUAUCUAUUCUCGGUCAAUCAUCUCUAUCUAUAUCAUUGAUCAAUCUAUCCACCAUCUGUUCUCAAUCAAUAUAUCAUCUAUCUGCCUGUCCUCAAUCAAUCAUCUCUCUAUUUAUUUCUAUCAUUGAUCAAUGGAUCCAUCAACUAUCUAUUCUCAGUCAAUAUAUCAUCUAUCUAUCUGUCUACCAUCUAUCUCUCUACUACCAUCGAUCAAUCUAUCAUCUCUCUGUCUCAUUUACCUAUCCAGUAUCUAUCUAGCUCUUUAACUACUAGGAAGAGGGAAAGGCACCCUGUGCAUUACCUUGGACUGCUCUGCCCCUUGAACUUUUGACUUGGACAAGGAGACCAAGUCUGCCUCGCCUCAGGUGCCAACAGGGCUUGGGUCGGCUCUGCUUCGUCUCCUGUCCUUUUUUCAAGCGAAGUUCCUUCCAACUGGAAGGAGCGAAGUAACGCCCUUCCUCCCGUUUUUCUCUCACUCUUUGUGGUUGGGACUUGGGGAAAGCAAGGCGUUUGAGGAGGAAAGAGGCUGCCGCCUGUUUGAAGCUCCUGCUGAGCCUCACGGGAGGAGGUUUACUUGAAAAGUAGGGUGGAAGACCCAGUCUGUUCUGUCAAGACGAGGUGGGACUUCUUGAAGAAACAUAAGCCCUGGGGAAGGCCCAUCUUCUGCUGCCAGAUCUGGAGGAUGAAGACUGAAGAGGCCCCUUCUUGUUUGCAGCAGGCCACACCAGUCCUGGGCUAUGGCUCAGAGUCCAAAAUGCGGGAAGUCUGUGCCGGAUGCAACACCCCAAUCUCCGACCGCUUCCUGCUGAGGGUGAAUGAGCGCUCCUGGCACGAAGGCUGCGUGAAGUGUGCGGCCUGCCUCCAGCCCCUCUCAGGCACAUGCUACUGCCGCAACAGGCAGCUGUACUGCAAGCAUGACUAUGAAAAGCUCUUCCAAACCAAAUGCAGUGGUUGUCUCAAGGCUGUAGCUCCAUCUGAGUUCAUCAUGAGAGUGCUGGAGAACGUCUACCACGUCCACUGCUUCUCUUGCUGCGAGUGUGAAAGGCGGCUCCAACGUGGCGAUGAGUUUGUGUUGAAGGAAGGACAGCUGUUAUGUCGCAGCGACUAUGAGAAGGAAAGGGAAAUGUUGAGUGCCAUCAGCCCAGCUCCCACUGAGUCAGUGAAGAGCGAAGAUGAGGAUGGCAACCACCCACAUGGCAAAACGGGUGAGGAAGGGAAAGACCACAAGCGCUCCAAGCGUCCCCGGACCAUCCUCACUACCCAACAGCGGCGAGCUUUCAAGGCCUCCUUUGAAGUCUCCUCCAAGCCCUGCCGGAAGGUGAGGGAGACGUUAGCAGCUGAAACUGGCUUGACUGUUCGUGUUGUACAAGUUUGGUUCCAGAACCAAAGGGCCAAGGAGCAUCCAUACUCCUCAUUACAGAUGAAGAAGAUAGCCCGCAGGCAGCAGCAACAGCAGCAGCAGCAGCAAGAGCAGGAACAGUUAGGAAAUCCUCGUUUGGGCAGUGGAAGAGGGAACGGCCGGAGCAGCAGGCAGAGCAAUGAGGACAGCGAAGAUGGUGCCAGCGUGCAUGGGAUAGAUGGGCUCAUGGUGCCAUACUCCAGGAUCGCCCAACAGCAAUUACUGCCCUUGGACCAGAACAGCUAUAGCACAGACUUGUAUCGGCAAGGACUCACACCACCCCAGUUGCCCGGUGACCAUCUUCACCCCUAUGAUUCAGAAGGUGUCUUCCACGACAUGGACAGCGACACCAUUGGUCACUUGGGGGAUUGCCUGUUGUCAGCUGCAGAAGCCAACCUCCUGCAAACUCGAGUGGGAAACCCCAUUGACCGGCUCUACUCCAUGCAGAGCUCCUAUUUCACCUCCUGACCAUGGGGACAUUUCUUGGCUCUCCCACCUGAUGUAUGCCUCAUACUGGGCUUAGAAGGAAGGGAAUUGGCAUGGAGAAGCAAGACCUGAAUGCAUAUCUGUUUGGAAGAACUCUUUGGACCCUUCAAAGCCAAUAAGGCGUAUGAGGCUGUCAUACAGGCAUUUGAGUGCUACCUCCUGGGUAUCGACCAUAGAGUCUCAGAGGACUCAGCUACACUGCCUCUCUCCUCCCUUCGCCAACAUGAUAUAGAUGGACAAUUCUUCAUUGUAUAGCUGUACUUAUCAGUAUGUUUUUGUGUUUAAACUGUAGGGCAUUAAGGUCAAGUUGACUCAUUAGCAGCACCAAAAGAAGAAGGGAGGUCUGACUUUUCUUGAGGAUGAAAUUUCCAAGGCUCUUGUGCUGCUUUUCAUGAUAUUGUUCCAUUUGAUUGUUCCUUGUCAAAUUUUUCCAACAGUAGUGAAAUAGAUGUUUACUUCCCAUGAACUGCAAACUAGGAGGUGAAAAUAGAUUUGACAUUAAAGAAGGAAGCUUCCUAUGAAAUAGGAUUGCCAGAUUGAAAACUAGAGACCACUGCUGUCACUUUAAUAAUUGUGUAUUAGAGAGAAGUCCAGCAAUGAAGAAGCUGUACCUGCUGAAAUUCUUUCUCUACAACCAUUAAAGAUACAGGAACCAUCUCCAGUUUUCACGCUGGUUUCCCUAUAAUAAAAAAGCAUCUUAGAGAUA